CAGGCACCGCAAGCAGCUCAGCUCACUGCCCAAACAGAAGAACCCUCUCGCGUAGCGUAGGCACAGGGUUUAAGACCUUUUCUACUUACCGCCGGCGACUUCAUCAUUUUUUCCCGCCAUGGAUACGGUGAGGCUCCGAUUAGCAUUCGACCGAGCUCUAUCCGAGUCUCUUGAGAAGACCGACGGAUUGAGACGUUUCUGGGUCCUCCUAAAACCUCAACACAGAACCAUCUCCGAUCUCUCCCAUUACCUUCUCGACGCCUUCGACCUCCACAAUGCAUGCCCCGACGGCCUUCUCCUAUCUAUGGAAGGGUUCUUUCUACCGCCAUUCGAGUCGACUGGUGUGUUGAAGGACGGAGAUAUUGUCAGGGUUAAGAAGAAGAGUGGCGAGUUUGCCAAGUUGGGUGAUGAUGGGGAAGAGAGGACUAAUUUGGGAAUGUUGGGAUUUGUGGGUAAUCGGGCUUUAGCUGCUGCUGUAGCACCCAUGAAGCUUCUGGCGAAUGAAGAAUUUGAAAAGGAAACUGGUGGCUAUGAGAGCGAUGAAUCAGAAGAGGAGGAGGAUGCUGAGCUGGAUGAUAUAUUGCAUCUGGAUGAAAAACCCCCGGAAACGAAGAAGGUUUCCAAGAAGAGGAAGGCGUCCGAGGAACCUGGGAGUUCCAAGAAGAAGAAGAGGAAGAAGAAAUCUUCUAGUGCUGAGAAAUGUGGAGUUGGUACAGCAGAUACUGAAAACAAUGUUGGUUCUCAAAAGGGCACAAAAACCUAUGUUGCUGCUGAUAAGAAGGCUAAGAAAGAUAGCAAGGCUAGGGAUGGCACGCCAAAUACCAGGAAAUCAAGUGAGCCUAAAGAUUGCUGUUCUGAUCAUGUGGAUGCAUCUUGUCCACUUUCUGAAACUAUAAAGCUCCCAAGUAGAAGUGCUCGACGUAAGAAGGCCAAGAGACAAUGGUUGAGGGAGCUACGAAGAGCUGAAAAGAAAGAAGAAGAGGAGAAGCAAUUGUCUUCAAAAUCUAACCAGAAAGCUUGUCAAAAGAAGAAUCACAAAGCAAUUGAAGAACCAGCCGACAAACAAAGCCACUCUUUGGUGGGAGAGGUUCCUACUAAGGGUGAUAGCACACAUGUUCAGGUGGAAAAUCAACAACCAGAUCAAGAUAGUGAUAAAGAUGAUGAUGUUGUACCAAUAGUGAUAAGACCAGGACAUAUCCGUUUUGAGCCACUUCAGAAAGGUAGUGCUGAUCAGCCUGUCCAACAAAAUCAAACACUGCUGGAAACUUCUCAGUGGGAUGGGAUGAGCAAAAAGAAAGGUCAAAAAUGGGGAUCACAGAAAAGUGCAUCAUGGAAAUGGAAUGAUAAUGGAAAUUCCAGUCAUAAACCUUCUGAAAGAUGGAAGGAUAACACAAAUUCCAGCCACAAACCAUCUGAAACAUGGAAUCACGAUGCCAAUUCUGGCCAGAAACCUUCUGAAACACAACCAGUGGAAGAACCAACUUCUGUUUAUAAUCAGAUCGACUUCGAUAAGCUUGCAGCUUAUACGAAUUCACCCAAGGAAGGGGAUGUUAUUGCUUAUCGUCUCAUUCAGCUAUCGUCAUCAUGGACACCUGAGCUCUCACCAUACUUAGUAGGGAAAAUAUCAAAGUUCGACCCUCAAACCAAUAAUAUCAAGCUGGUUGCAGUUCCGAAGUAUCCUUUGAUCCCCGAGAACAAACUAGAUGAUGAAGAAUCCGAGGUGCUUCCAGAAACUUGUUCUUUACAAGAAGAUGGCUCUCUAGAGAUGGAUUUUACUUCACUUCUAGAAGUCCGUGCUGUGAACCCUAGCAGUGCUGGGUCAGUAAAGUCCAAUCUUGUCAAUGAAGCCUCUCCAAAUGAAGUUCAAGGUACAGCAGAAAAUGGCGCAAAAAAUCACACAUCUAGUCAAGAAAAAAGAGAAGCAACGAAGAGCCCAUGGGAUGAGAUCAGCGAAGCUUUGAAUGCAAAGAAAGCAGAAUUGUCGCAUGAGGAUAAUAACUGGACGGUCACCGAGAGUUCGGGCACAAACCAAUGGAGUUUCAAGGCGCUGAGAGGCAGUGCUCUAGGGCCGACAAUGGCUCUAUUAAGAUCACAAAAUGGAAUAUGAAUCAUUUUCGUUUGUCUGCAGAAUGGAAAGGGGAAAAGGACUGCUCCAAAUUUUGUUCCAGCUGCCUUAUUUCGCAAAGGUCACAACUAUAUUAUUGUUGGCCACUGUAAAAGUUGAGCAACAACAAGGGGUGAAAUGGAAAAUCUUUCUUGAUUUACUUUUAUUAGGUGGAAAUGUUUAUUACUCUUAGUAUGAUUCUGAGACCUGAACAACAAACUUGUAACUCCCCUCCCCUGUACAUGUUUUUUUCAGGAAAAAAAAAAGCUUUCUACAUAAUACAUAACCCGAGCAAGAAAAAGAAUCUGGGUUGUCUCCAAACUUCUUCGACUCUCAUUCCUGGCAAUUACUCUCAGCAUUCUUACUCUGACUUAACAUGUUGAGAAAAAGCUCCAAUAACCUGCUGAUUCAGAUGAUCCAUGGCAAUGAGAAAAACUAGAUCACAACUGAUUAAUAUGAACUCUGCCAUCUUCCUCUCUGUCGGCAAUGUCAUAAUCCGCACCAGUCAUAUCAACAUCAGUCAUUUCCUCCUUCCCCCCAUGACCAUCCUUCAUCACAUCAUCAUCCAAUUCAGGUUGCUGCAGAAUUGCCCCACAACUCACUAUAAGUGGCGGAGGGUUACUCCCUCUUCGCUCUGCUAUAGAUGGUGAAGUAGUUACCUUGUUCGACACAUGACUCGUUUGAAGAUCAACAGGAAACACCUUUGUAGGUGAGUUAAGAGCUUCCAAACCAGAAGGGGAAGGCUGUUGGGAAGACACAUACGACAAGUCAGACCAGUUUGAAGAUGAGGGCGAAAAGGUAAAUGAACUUGAUGAAUAAUCCGAAGCAGAAGGCGAUAUUGUAGCAGGAGACUUGUAGCCGAAUUUCUGAGCAGAGUCCGGUGAGCAAGAGUGAUAGGAAUCAGGCGAACCAAAAGGAGUCGACGAAGACAAUGUGUCCUUACUUGGAAUCCCUUUUUCCUCCACAUCUUCUUCACCUUCAUAUAUUACUGAAUCUACAUCCAUUUUGGAGGAUGAACUGAUGAACUCCUUCAUGAUACCACUAGCAAACUUCGUUCUAAGCCUCCCCCACCCAUUCUCACUUGCAGAAAGGCGAGUCUCGAAUUCAGCAUUCGAUACCGAACAAGGUGAGACAACCCCUCCACAAACUGCCUUAUCAAAGACCUCAAAAUCUGAAUCAUACGCAUCAACUUUCCUUUCAUCACUACUACUACUGCUACUACAAACACCAGCACCAUCAUCAUUAGUCCCAAGAGCAUCCCAAAACUCAUUCCCUUCUUCCCCUUCAUGAACAAUAACAAUCGGACCUUUCGCCCUUUCGUAUCUAAUCACCUGACUUGCAGCUACCCUAGCAUGAUUCAACAUCACACGGCUACAUUUCUUCCCUAUCCAAACAAAUAUGGUACUAGGAACAUGAACAACGAAAGCUCCACGAGAGUCUAGUCCUUUCAAACCUGGAUUGCUCAACAUCUUAGGGACAAGGUGGAGAGGAUCGUAAGGCGAAUGAGGAGCCAUUCGAUACACACGAAGGACCGAAUUAGGGCUGGCCGGAACAGCAUGAACACGCUUCUGGCACUGGAGAAGCUGGCAAGCGAACCCCAUGUUGGGAUUGGUAACACCUCGAGCUGCUUUGACAUACUGAAAUGCAUCCUCGAAGCUCUGGCCUUCUCUCCACAUGAGGUAAGCUAUGACCAGCGAGGUGGACCUCGAAACACCCUGGCAACAAUGGACCAAAACUUUCCCACUCUGCUCCCUCACGUCUUCAAAAUAAUCGAACACGUCGUAGAGAAUACUGGUGAUGUCCUCUGAAGGGGAAUCCUGCAGCCAGAGGGUUUUGUAAACAAGGUCGUCUUUGAAGUACUCAGGGGAGACGAAUCCAACACAGUUAAGGACGUGGGUGAUUCCGUUCUGCCGGAGAACUUCCCGGUUCUUGGCCACCGCGUCGCUUCCGAGGUAAAUGUGGUCGGCGAUUCUGGAGCAUUCUUUGUCGAAGAAGGCCAAUUUUUCUCUCUUGAACUGGAAUUCCCUCACAGGAGGAUUGGAGUUGUGAGCUGCCGCCGGCUGAGGAGUCAAUGGGAAGCCGCCGGCGCCGGCGGUUCUGGGAGUUUGUGGGUUCGGCCAGAUUCCCAAAUCGUCGGACCCGGCCCGAGGCCAUUCUUCAACCGGAGCUCUGGUUAUGGACAAAGGCUGGAGCGGCGGGAGACAUGACCUCGCCUUGCUGUGAUUCGAGGGCUGGUGAGGUCUAGGGUUGUUGCUCGGCCGGCGCGGUGAACGGUCGCUCCAUGAAACAGACCGGAGAUAGUUUUUCCGGGCGGCGGCUGGAGGGAGGGGGUUAUUAGUUUCCUCCUGGCCUAACAUUUCAGAGAAAAAAGAGGGGCAAGGAGAGAAAAAGGAAAGGAAAUUUGGUGGUGGGUUAACAAUGGAAUUCUACGAAAAGGGGAUGGAACCCAUGAAAGGAUACUUCCUUGGAAGGGGAAGAAGUCGCCAUUUUUUUUGUUUUUCAACAAUAAACAAAACACAGUCAAUAAUGAAAGCUCCUAAUGGCCCCCUUACCUUUCCCUCUUCACCUAAACCCUCUGACUAGACUUACAACGACAAACCCAAAUCAAAAUUAACACUCUGUUUCCGUCUCUCUUUCUCUUUCUAUCUGUCACUCAGUUUCGUUUUUCUCGGUCUAAAAGGUGAAAGGGAGUGGAAGAUUGAAAGGAAAGAAAUUGCGACCUGGUAAGAGCUGGAAAUGGCGGAGUUAUAGUCAGAUUCAAACGAAAGAAGCCCAAAAGGGUAUAUUGAGAAAACAGAAUCGAGAGGAAGAAGACGAUGAAAAGGGGCGACUGAGUUGGACGGGGGAAGCGAGUUGAGAUCGACUCGGUGGGUCAGCGCAGCGGCAAAAAGGAUUGGAUUGGUUGAAUUUUCCCAGAGGAGAAAGAGAGGAGGAGGGAGGGAAAGAUGAAAGGGAAGGGAAGAAGAAGAAGAAGAAUGGGUCAAACUGCCACGUC